UUAAUGUGUUAAUUGAAAGUUUGUUAUCACAAAUGUCAUACAUCUCCAGUUAAUAUUUUUUCUACAAAAAAAAAAAAAAUAUAUAUUUAUAAGCAAAAUGUGAUUUAUUUGUUUAAAGAAAAUAUUGAGAAUUAAACUAUUGAAAAACACAAUUUGCAAAUUAGUUAUUAAGUGCUGAAUUGAAAUAGUUUAGAGAAAACUUAGUUGGAAAACCGCCUAAAAAAUACAAUUGCCUUUUUUUUAUAACACGGCAAAUUAGAAAAAUUGUGUGAUUUUGUGUGUGUGUUAAGAGCAAAGAAAAAGCAGAGCAAAGCAGACAGUGUCAAAACUCCAAAAUAAGCUAUGGAACAGGACUCCACUGAAAUGCAUCUAAGUAGAAUACGUGAUGUGAAAGAAUUGGCUGUUCUCAAUGAUGAAGCGCGUGACGUUGUUAAGGAAGAAGUCAUACUUGAAAGUUCCGGCCAUCAGCUGGAAACCAAAGUGCAUAUGGUAACAUCAUCAAAUGAAAAUAGUGGAGGCAGCGGUGGCAAUGUUGUUUCCGUACCCGUUUCCCUGCCCAUAGGUUCCAUGAUUGCUGGCACCGCUUUCAAUGUCAUCUCACCCGAUCAUUUACCGCAUUUCAAACAGAUGCUGUGCGUCGAUAACAAUGGUUAUAUAUCCAGCGGUGCGGUUGUGGGCAGUGUUGGUGGUGACCUCAAAACGAUUGUCAUACAACAGCAACAGCAAAGUGAUUCGGUUGGCAUGAAUCACGAUGGCUCCGGCAGCAAUAACAGUCAUGACAGCACCGUCACCGGUGAUCAAAUGAUGCAUGGCUCCGGUUGCGGUUCAGCAUCGGGUGUCAGUUGGUCGGAAACAGCUCACAUGGAAAUAUUUCCCAUACGCUGUAAGACGACCAGUGCUGAGCUAUAUCGCAGUAAGUUGGGUUCGGGCGGUCGAGGUCGCUGUGUUAAGUACAAAGACAAAUGGCUGACGCCUAGUGAAUUUGAGCAGACCUGUGGUCGUGGCUCGAGUAAGGAUUGGAAACGUUCCAUUAAAUACGGGGGCAAAUCGUUGCAGUCACUUAUAGAUGAGGGCACCCUGACACCGCAUGCCACCAAUUGCAGUUGUACCGUUUGUUGUGAUGAUGAAGCGGCAUCGGGACCCGUACGUCUAUUUACACCAUACAAACGUCGAAAGCGAAAUCAAACAGAUAAUGAUGGUGAAACUGGUGGUCCAAAACGUAAACGUAAUACUAACAAUAACAAUAAUAACAAUAAUAAUAACAACAAUAUUAUGAAUAACACUGAACCACCACAACACACCACAACGGUGGUCGAUGAUAAUAAUAUGUUUUUAACGGAAGAUAACAUUACCUCCAAGGAUGAACCGUGGCCAACACUUAACGAUAGCCUCGACACAUCAACCGAGCUAGUAGAUCAAACACAAAUCUGUAAUGCAUACGAUAGAGAAACGUUUGUAGUGAACAUAAAUGAUCCGGGGCCAAUUGCAUUGCUAGACAAUAGUCAGACAAUGAAAACACUCGAGAAUGUUUAUUGCACAAUGGUCAAAGCCACUAAUGAUUUUAAGCGUAUUCUAACCGACUUAAAGAAUACGUACGAUCGUAAAAUCGAAAUAUUACAGAAGGAACGCGAUGCUGCGGUGGCAGCAAUGCGCGUACAAGUACAUACAGACAUUGAUGAUCCGAAUAUAGCGGGUGCAUUACAUGGCAACGAAGUUAUAUCAGCUAAGAAGUGCGCUAAUUGUAAUCGUGAAGCAUUGGCAGAAUGCUCAUUAUGCCGAAAGACUCCCUAUUGUUCCGAAUUUUGUCAACGAAAGGAUUGGAAUGCCCAUCAAGUUGAAUGUACAAGAAAUCCAGCCCCGGCUGCAACACAACAAAUUAUGCUCCUAGUAGACGAGCAAUCCUAAAUGAAUUAAAAUUGUACAUAAAAAUUAAUUAAACAUAAAACAAACAAAAAAACCAACAACCGAUAAACAAUUUAACAAAACAUUAAAGUAAAACAAAAAA